GAAAAAAAUAAGGAAGUAGAACGGUUUAGGAAUAGUUCGACACAACUUACAAGUUCCUAACAUAUAUAGGUGAACAAAUCUCCACCAUAAUAACAACAAGAUUUUGUUUCCAAAAGCACAUAUAAAAGACAGAAUGACUAAUCAAAAGUGUUCAUAGUAAUGAAAUUAUUAUACAUGGAACAUCAAUUGUUUUAAGAAUCGUUAGUUAAGGAAUAAUACUUCUACGAUGCACUUGUACGCCAAUUGCAGUUGUAUACUUGUUCUACUAUCAGCUGUUAGAUGUGCACAGAGUAUAGACUGCCCGAAAAAUUGCAAAUGUUCCUUUCAACAGUCAAAUAAUCAUGAGGCCGUUUGCACUAGACGCGACUUGCAUUAUAUUCCGUUAUUUUCUGAAAAUAUACACGUCGUAAGAAUGAACGGAACAAAUUUGACGUACAUUGAUGAAAAUGGCUUUGAUAAUUUGACUAAGAUCACUUUAAAAAAGUUGUUUUUAACUGACAAUUUGAUAUCGUACAUUCACCCAAUUUCGCUUGCCAAAUUGGUAUUUCUUGCUUAGCUGUACAUUUCAGACGAGCCAAGACUGAAUGUGGAUGUUCUGAAAGUAGCACUCGGUUUCUCUGCCAAACAAAAGCUGCUGCGCUUAAUAUUUGAAAAUAACAGUUGGUCUCAUUUACCGUUGGAUAUGUUUUCAAAUUUUACAACCAAUAAGGUGCUACAGCUGCGAGUCACGGGUAAUAUAAUUUCGGAUAUUAAAUGUCAUGUGUUUUUUCCACUCAACAAUAUGUUAGAAUUGUCUCUUUCAAAUAAUCUGAUUGAAAAUAUAAAUAUCACCGGAAUACCUAGUAGUAUGAAGAGAUUACAUCUAGAUAUCAAUCUGCUUCUAGCAGUCCCUGAAUUGUGUGUUCAUAGACAAGGAGAUACAAUCGCCGUUGAAAGCCUAGCAUAUCUGGAUCUGAGUUACAAUAGCAUUGCCCUUAUUCAUGAUAAUGCAUUUGUAUGUUUGCCAAAAUUGAAAAUUUUAAUCUUAAAUGGGAAUCCCAUCGGCCGAAUUCAUAAUAACAUGUUUUUACAUAAUCCUCUUAUAUUUUCGGUUCAACUUUCUAAUCUAGGUAAUUUUUUGAAAAAGAUUGACGACUUUGCAUUCAACAGUUCAUCGUUGUCUCGAAUUAAUUUGCAACAGACGAACUUUCAUUUUGAUCAGGAAAACUUUAACCCCAAAACUAUUUUUUCUCUUUCUCCAAAUCUGACAUUCCUGAAACUUGAUCAGAGUUAUCUUCCACGGACAGAGAUUUGGAUGCAGCAAAUGUUUUCAUCUUUAAUCAACCUCAAAGUUUUACGUCUUUGCUCCGGAAAACUUAAGUUUCUUCCCAAAAACGUCUUUCCAUAUUUGAAAUCUUUGGAAAUAUUGUGGUUGGAUGCAAAUAAAUGUUCUACUUGGCAUGACGGAAAUGCUAUUUUUCGUAAUAUGACAUCGCUAAGAAAGCUUCACAUGGCAAACAACUUUAUAAGAAUAAUUAACGAAACAUCAUUUCCGCUGGAAGUACUGAAUUCAUUAGAAGAAUUAGAUCUUAGCCGAAACCCAUAUGCCUGUACUUGUGAUCAGCUCUGGUUCACCGAAUGGAUAACGGCAACCAAAGUCAGAAUGAUUAGGUAUCCGUUAUUUUAUAGAUGUCGACAACCUACCCAUCUUGACAAUGUUAUACUUCAAAACUAUAUUGAAUCUAAAAUGCAGUGUCCACCAUGGAAUCCGUUAUACAGCAUGGCAAUAGUACUAUCCUGUUCAGGAUUCUUUUUGGUGACCUUGAUAAUUCUAGGCUUGAAAUGUCAAACAAAUAUUAAGAAUUAUAUAUACUUAUGGAGAGUUAAAUACAAUAGAAAGAAAGGUUAUUUCCCUUUAACAAAUGCAGACGAUUUUGAAUAUCACGCGUUUGUUGUAUAUUGUGACACAGAUCGUAACUGGGUGCACCAGACGUUUUUGCCAAAAAUAGAACAAGACGAAGGUAUAAAGCUAUGUAUUCACCAUAGAGAUUUUGAAGUCGGAGAAUCUAUCACUGCAAACAUCAAUAAAUGUUUAGAGAAAUCAUGGAAAGUCGUAGUAAUAUUAUCAAAUGAGUUUGCAAAAAGUGAGUGGUGCCAAUGGGAAGUUGAUGUAGUACAGGAGCGACGUAGAAGGUAUGGACGAGACGUGUUUCUUUUAAUAAUGUUGAAAACUAUCGACUCUAAUCACAUGACUAAUCAAUUAAGAGCCCUAUUGGACAGUGCAUCUAGUCUUCGGUAUCAAACUGGUAUCGGCGAGGAUCUUUUUUGGGCAGCCGCGAUUGAGACUUUGCAGAAACCACUAGAACAGAUUCAAACCGCACUUUUAUAAUAU